GACAGAGCUGAGCAGGACAGGGUAGAGCAGAGUAGGACAGGACAUAGCAGAGCAAGACAGGGUAGAGCAGAGUAGGACAGGACAUAGCAGAGCAAGACAGGGUAGAGCAGAGCCGGAUAGAGCAGGGUAGAGCAAGGCAGCUCUGGACAGCUCUAGAGAUCCUCGGGCGGUUCUUAGCUGCGCUGCUCCAUGCCCGUGUGUUCAUUCAGCUGUUGCGGCGGAAGUCAGCAGCCGCAGCACCUCACUUACACCAAGCUGCGCGGACUGAAUGACGAUUUUCUAACGCUUUCCUCCCUGAACCAGGCUAUGACAUUAGGCAAAUUAUGCCGCAUUUCAAAAGCAGUGGCUUUGUCAAUCGCUAUGUUUACUUCUCAUCUCAAUUUCGCUUUGAAAACAUCCCCUGCAUUUAGCUAAAUCGCUGGUUGUACCCGACAGCUAGCUUGGUUCUGCUUUCGAUUCGUUUAUACGAAGCAGCUAUAUUUUAGAUUAUUUGUGUUAUCGGUACGAAGAAACUCAUCCAGUAGACAUGGGAAUCAUUUUUACAAAGUUAUGGAGGCUUUUUAACCACCAAGGCUCAUAUGUAAAAUAUGUGGUGCAGUGACAGACUAAAGAAACCCAUCAGUGUCCACAUAAUGACAGACACAAGAUCUGAGCCAGCGAAGGACCUCUGUGUGAUGGCCUGCUGUUUCCAUGGCUUCUCAUUCAUUAUAGAUGAUGUGACCUAGUAUUGGCUGAAAUCAUGGUGUUGCUUAACUGGCUGCACCGAUUGCUCAGGUUUCACUAGAAAGCCAAUGUGUCCAGAAAAUACAUCAGUGUUUCUAUGUUUACAACACAACAAGGAGACACACACCAUGGCCCUUUCAAACAUUAUUAAACACAUGAAGCUGAGUGACUGGACAAGCUGUUCCAUUACAGAUGACACAGCCUUCAAAUAUUUUAGUGUUUGAAUAACAUUAAGUGUUCUGCGAAAAAAAAAAAUUAAACCAUUUGUGCAUCCGUUUGAAAUAUUCAGAAUUGGGAAACGACGGCUUGGAGCAUGUUCAACGGACAGACCUAUUCACAAAACAAUCGUAGUUCUUGCUUAGUAAAGAACGCACUCCGUUAAGUGGUUAAUUUUUAUUUGAAUAUAAAAAAAGUUAUGAAGACAUUUUCAAGAUACACACAGCUGACUAUUUGUAUGUAAUGGCACCAAAGGAUAGAAUUGAGUAAUUGUAAGUGGAAUGCUGCAAGACAAGCAUGUAUUAUUACAACUAAUACAUGGAUUAAAAUAAUAUGUUUAACAAUGCUGUCUGACUAGACAUUUUCACUGUCCUUUCAUUUGUAAAAGGGAACUGUGAUUCCUAAUUUCCUACAGUUAUUUUAUUUUUAUUCUUUUUUAUUAAAAAAGGGGGGGUUCCUGGUGCAAAUUACUUGAGAGUAUACAAUGGAAGCCGCUGCACCCUUCCUGAAUUGCAAAGCAAUUUCCCAUAGACACGACUCUCUUACAGUCCCACUGAGAUGGCUCUGAAACUCAGCUACUCAACUUCACGAGCAUAAAGUCAUCAUCGUUGGAUUGGACAAUGCAGGAAAGACAACAAUCCUUUAUCAAUUUUCUAUGAAUGAAGUAGUUCACACGUCACCCACAAUAGGCAGCAAUGUAGAGGAGAUUGUGGUGAAGAACACCCAUUUCCUCAUGUGGGAUAUAGGAGGCCAGGAAUCUCUGCGUUCUUCCUGGAACACCUACUACACUAACACAGAGUUUGUGAUAGUUGUGGUGGACAGCACAGACAGAGAGCGGAUCUCUGUGACCAGAGAAGAGCUCUACAGAAUGCUCGCUCACGAGGACCUUAAAAAGGCUGGUUUGUUGGUGUUUGCCAACAAACAGGAUGUGAAAGGUUGUAUGACAGUUGCUGAAAUCUCACAGAGCCUACAGCUUACUUCUGUUAAGGACCACCAGUGGCACAUCCAGGCCUGUUGUGCUCUCACGGGGGAGGGACUGUGUCAGGGAUUGGAGUGGAUGAUGUCACGACUGCGAGUGAGAUGACUUCUGAUCGUAGAAAACGGUGCACACUCUUUCUCCUCUCCGCGUGGAGGCCAACUGUGUCUCACUGUGAAGGUGGCCUGGAGAUGUCACCCAGAUUCGUGUGAUGAAUUUAUUACAGUGGAGAACUGUACUGUGAACAACAAUCUUCAACUAACUAAUCAAAAGGUUCAGGAUGUGCAAAACCACAUAAACUCAGUGUUUUUCUACCUAGUUGCUCUAUAAAGAGUCGAACAAGAAAGAUGCAGAGGAGCUUGUGGACGGAGCGCAUGUGGAACUGAGUGAGACUCUGCAUGGAGGGACUUUGCAGUAUUGUCUGACUGCCUGACAUAGUAUUGCCCAGUGUGUUCAGUCCAGUAUUUACCUUGACCUUGAGCCUGUGUCUGAACCUCUCAGAGCCCAGGCAUCAAAUAGAGUGUAAAAAAACACCAUGCAAGGGAAGACUUCACUUUAUGUAAAAGAAAAAUAAUAAUAAUUAAUAAAAGUUAAAUAAAGUGUUUUUACCCUUGAA